CAGAUUUGCGCUAAAGUCUGCGUUAGUCAAAACUCCAACGCCGUCGCUUUUUUUCACCACAGAUGUCAACUUGGAUACGGCUUGUUUUCCACCAAACCCCCCAUGGCUGUAACAACGAGUCCGCACUUUAUAGAGUAAUGCUUAUUUUUUACUAAAAUCCGAUCGAGAUAACUGACAGACGUCCUCUGAAAGGAAGAGAAAAUGGAGCGCGACUUUAAGGACAUGGACUCAGAAGGCCGGUGGCAGAACCUCUACCUGGAAAUCCGUAACCAGUCUCAGGAAUGUCCUUAUAAAGUGGCAAAGUAUCCAGAGAACCGCAACCGUAACAGAUACAGGGAUGUCAGCCCAUUCGAUCACAGCCGGGUCAAGCUUGGGACCUCGGACAAUGACUACAUCAACGCCAGCCUGGUGCCUGUAGAGGAAGCGCAGAGAAGCUACAUACUGACUCAGGGCCCUCUCAGAAACACUUGCGGUCAUUUCUGGCUGAUGAUCUGGGAACAGAAAACCAAAGCCGUCAUCAUGCUGAACAGAGUGAUUGAGAAAGACUCUGAGAAGUGUGCCCAGUACUGGCCCACGGCGGAGGAACAGGAGAUGACAUUUCGGGACACGCGCUUUGUGGUGAAGCUGCUAUCAGAGGACAUCAAGUCUUACUACACCACACGCUUACUGGAGCUGCAGAACGCCAACACAGGAGAAAAGAGAGAAAUCUACCACUUUCAUUACACCACAUGGCCCGACUUUGGCGUCCCGGAUUCCCCAGCGUCCUUCCUCAACUUCCUGUUUAAGGUGCGUGAGUCCGGAUCGUUGGGGGCGGAGCACGGACCGGCGGUGGUGCACUGCAGCGCAGGAAUUGGCCGAUCCGGAACCUUCUCCCUCGUCGACACCUGUCUCGUACUGAUGGACAAGAGGAAAGAUCCGUCAUCUGUGGACAUUAAGAAGGUGCUGCUAGACAUGAGGAGGUACAGGAUGGGUCUGAUUCAGACUCCGGACCAGCUCCGCUUCUCCUACAUGGCCGUGCUGGAGGGGGCCAAGUGCAUCAUGGGGGAUUCAUCAGUACAGAAACAGUGGCAGGAGCUCUCCAGAGAGGAUCAGGUCUGUAUCCCCGAGUCUCCAUCACCACCAAAGUGUCCCUUGGAGCGCUACAACGGCACCCGGAAGCCCCGAGCGGACGACGCAGAAGAGGCGGAGGGAGAGAGGAAAACGACAAAAGAUGAAAGAGAAGCGGACGGAGACACGUGCACAGCGAACGCACGCAAAAGACAGAGAGACGAGAAGAUCACCACAUCCACACAGAAAACUCCUCAGAAGCAGCCGAAGCCCAGGACAAACGAGACAGAGAAGAAGAGGAAAAGCCUGGGCUGCAUCUGCUGUACGUGACAAAGCGAACCCUGACCCCUGGCCUUCUCCCACCCGAAGCCGAGACAGCGCCAGCCUGGGCUCUCCCGGGCCUCCGUGCACACACACGCACCCUCCCCCAGGCUGGACGUGAGGAAAUACAGUAGAACACGUUGUGUUGUGCUGCUCGAUGCUAAUUCCCUUAACGCUAAUCAUGGCUUUGAGCUUGGAGUGGUAAGAUGCAGCAUGGUGUGAGGUUAAAGAGCAACUCCAGCACACACACACCUUCUGUCUCAAUGUUUUGUUUGGGGUUUUUUUGUGCUAGGAGAACACACACCAUAUUGUUCUAGAGGGGUGUGUUCUGGUCAUGUUCAAAAGAAGGGGUGAGGUUGGGGAUUUGGUUACAGCUCUAGAGGCUUAGUGUCAUUUAUAUGGUGUGUUUGUGUGUAUACACACUUAGGGUUCAGAGUGUGUGUGCUUUAAGUAUGCGAUAGUAAAAUCAGAAAUCUGACAAGAUAUCGUGUGUAAAAUCACACACACGAAGACACACAAGAAGGAUAAGAACACUUAUUCAACCCUGACUGUGUGUGUGUGUGAGUGUCGUGAACCUGAAUCCCAAAAUGUCAGGUUUAUGUCUGUCAGAUAAACACUAGUCUGUCAUAACAGAGUGUGAGGGGAAAUUAGCACCUAGUUACCCAUAGUGACAUUGUAGGUCACCUGCAGUUUUGUGAUGACAUAAAAUAAUGGUGUGAAACAUGGAGUUGCUUUUUAACAGUUAUUGAUCAGCUUUCUCUGAACACAAAACAAACAUUAGUGAGAGAGGGAGGACAGGGUAGUGUGUUGACAGUGUGUGUGUUAUGUGUCUAAUCAAACGUGUGGCGUUGCACUUUCACUACUGACCCCUCCAAGGAUGAUCGCAUGCCUGUGUUACUAGCUUAAAUAAUAUUUUUUAUUAUAUGUUUUUGUUUAAUUUUGAAGUUUUGAACCAUCAUGUGAAUGGUACACACACGGCUGCCACAGGUUUGGUGAUCACAUGAUUGCGCCUUACACAGUUAAUGAUAUCACACCAGCUGUUUCAGGUUAUCAUAAGUGGAACAUUUAUGUUAAGCUCUGAAAUAUAAGUAGUUCAUUAAGAAGUCAAUAAAAUACUAGUUAAUCAGUGUCAUACUCGACUGCGGGAUCGUGCUGUUGUACUGAAUAUCAGCUUGAUAUUAAUUGUUCAUGAUAUUCAGCACAACUUAAACCUCGAGUGUGAUAUUGCCUUUUAUGCAAUUUUUAGUUCCACAAACACCAUUUAUUAUCAACAGAUUAUGAUUUGUUUCUUUAUUUAACUUAAGUUAUUCUGCUUCACCAACAUGCAUCUUUUCGUACUUGAUAAAACUCACUAACUGCGACUGCUGAACCGACAGUUAGCGACGGCAGUGAGAGUAAUUAGUGGAGAUGAGCGUAAUUUCAAGGUCUUAUAGAUACUAUGUACACAAAAGGUGAGGAGAAUAAAAUAUGGAAGUGGGGGAGAGUCCUGAGAAACGUACAUUUACUUUACAAUAAAUUUUUUUUCUGCUUUAGAGUACAGUGAAGCCUCAGUAUACGAAUUUAAUCUGUUCUGGAGGCGAGUUCUUUCUUACGCCGAAAUUUCGUCUUGCAAACCGCAUUUUUCCAUAGGAACUAAUCUAAAUGCAAAUGAUCUGUUGCGGCCACCCAAAAAUAUUACAAGGCCGUCAGGUGACCAUGUUUAAAGGAAAAGCACACACACCAUUGUUUAUACGCAUAUACAGUUUCUUGAUUUUUUUUUUUUUUUUUUUAUAUAUACUAGUAAAUAGUCAUAUUUUUUGUACUGCAGUGUCUGGUUUGGGUUUGGUAUAUU